UCGAGGCGAAUUGUGUGGGCGCCUUUCGCAGAGGCACAAUGCAUAUCGAUAUACGCCAUUUAGUUUUCAUGGCCAGCAGAAUAUUAUUACAACGCUGAAAGACACCGGCGAGCAAAGAACAUACUAAACCAAAUUAAAAAGAUAAAUUCGUUCAAGCCCGCAACAACAAACUCUGCAAUAGAAACGCGUAAGACCCGAGUGGAAAAUAAACCGUCAAGAAUAGUGAAUUGCGUGUUGCUUAAAAGUCUAUUUUCAAACAAAAAGGUUUUUAUCCUUUGCGCUCUGAAGGUUAACCAAAGGCACGGCGCAGCGCACAGGUAACCCAGCAAACCGUUAUCCCCGCGUUUCACACAUAUCUUUGUUCAGACUUGGCAAAGUAGAUAAAUUCGAUACGAUUAAACACACAAAUACGCAUACUUCCAAAUCUGAACUCGCCCCAGCUCAGGCAGGGUUGAGCUAAUUGUAGCCUAAUCCUGCCCCGGGGCGUUUGGAGAGCCUUGAGCAAGAAUUCUUGUUCGUCUGUCCUCUGUUAUUCGGGCUGGAACGCUGUGCCUUCAACGCACUCUCACGCUUCAACAAAAAGAGGCAAGAAAGAAAAAAGCGAGCCGACGACACGCCACGAUCGAUCUCAUGUUUUAAAGAGGGCUGAAGAUACAUUUACAGCUAUGUCUUCCAAGGAGGGAAGGAGUAUGUCUCGGCUCUCUUUGACCCGGUCCCCCGUGUCACCUUUGGCGACUCAGGGAAUCCCGCUGCCGGCUCAGCUGACUAAAUCCAACGCACCGGUCCACAUUGACGUAGGUGGGCACAUGUACACCAGCAGUCUGGCCACCCUCACCAAAUACCCCGACUCGAGAAUCAGUCGUCUGUUCAACGGCACUGAACCGAUCGUUUUGGACAGCCUGAAGCAACACUAUUUCGUCGACAGAGACGGAGAGAUAUUCCGUUACAUCCUGAGCUACCUGAGAACCGGCAAACUUCUCCUCCCCGAUGACUUCAAGGAGUUCCAGCUGCUGUACGAGGAGGCUCGGUACUACCAGCUGACGCCUAUGGUUAAAGAGCUGGACCGCUGGAAACAGGACCGGGAGCAGCGGCGGACGGCUCAACCCUGCGAAUGCCUGGUGGUGCGGGUGACCCCUGACCUGGGCGAGAGGAUUGCCAUCAGUGGGGACAAGGCCCUCAUCGAAGAGAUUUUCCCAGAGACAGGGGACGUCAUGUGUAAUUCCGUCAACGCCGGCUGGAACCAGGACCCAACCCAUGUCAUCCGGUUUCCGCUGAAUGGCUACUGCAGGCUCAACUCUGUGCAGGUCCUGGAAAGGCUCUUACAAAAAGGGUUCAGCAUGGUGGCGUCAUGCGGCGGGGGCGUGGACUCCUCCCAGUUCAGCGAAUAAAUCCUGAGUCGAGAGGACAGACGGUGUCAAAGCAGCCACACGCCCAUCAGGAUAAAACAGGAGCCUCUAGACUAGCCGGCUCUUACACUAACCACGAACACCUCAAUCUGCUUUUGAAGAAAAAACUCCAACGGACAAAUACCAGACAUUAAUUUGCGAGUCUUCCACGUGACUCCUGAACUUAAGACUGAAAUGUUAGUAAAUAUACGAGUAAUGGAUUCAUUUCGUCGACGACCCUCUUCUUAAAGACUCUCGCUUAACAAACGAAAGCGAGGAAAUUUCUAUAGUGCACAUUUUGGUGUAGUUGAGAAACGUGAGGUAAUUUUGCCACCACAUGUGUGCAACCCAAACAACUAGAACGCUUCCAAAUGAAGCAGUCAGACAUCCGACCUCACGGGCGAAAUUAACUGCACGAAAUACAAAGUCUGUCCUGUGCUCAAGAUCCAUUUUUAAUCUUGAUAUCUAAUGUUCUCAUUUUCCAGUCUCAUCUAUGUAAAUCAGAUCUUUUAUGACCUACAGGUUUAUUGCCGUUGUUUCGCUACAUGAAGGAUUGGUGCACAGUUCUCAGAAGUCGUUCGGUUGUGGAGCGUCUGUGUUCUGGCUGUGUCGAUGCUUUGACUAGAGGCUACGCGGCUAAAGCAGACAGCCUGUUAAUGCAUUCAGAGCCGGGCAGGGAGGCUUUUUGUUCAAGCAUGUCCGAAGGGGAACCUGGACUCAUUUGCGAGAGCUUUUCUGAUGGCAUCGCUAAAUCCACUACCCGAUGGUACAUGAAACAACAUUCACUCUUUCUGCAGGGAGGCCGUUUUCUUCGUCUUCAAAAAAAAGAAAAGCUCUGAACGUACCAAAACGGUUGUUUAUUCUUGCAUAUAGAAACAUACGACUUCCUAACAUUCAUUAUUUGCGGUUGCUCAAAUAGCCGAUGAAAAAGUUAAGCAAAGAUCUCUUGCAGAUAUCGAUGCCCUUUGCAUCCAAAACAACAUUUUGUUUGAAGGCAGCUUUUUUUGGACGGAGGAAAAUGAGAUUACUGAGACGGCUAAUGAAUGCAAUGCUCCAGGGCUCUUUGCACUGUAUAUCAGAGGCGCUGGUCCGACCGUCUGAAGAGAACUGGAGGAUUGCUGUGAGUUUAAGCUCAGAGAUGUUGGAGACUGAUGGGUUAUGGGUCAGAGAGAAGGCAGGUCACUUUCCCACAAUCCCUUUUACUCACGCUUCCCCUAUCAGAGAUGCAGAGAGAACAUGGCGAGUGAACGGGCUUGAAAGGUUAAUUCGGGAGCUGGUAAACAGACUGAAAUGCGUAAUGUGUUGUAAAAUGAGAUCUUUACUAGGGUGUUUUUUAAGACCUCUGCCUCAACAUUUCAAAAUGUUGUUGUUUUAACCAGGCAGCAUCUUUUUAUGCUAUCUAAUUCACAUUUUUAUUCUAGAUCUGCCACACGUUGUACAUAAUGGCUCACGGCAGCUUCGCAAUUCCCCAGAAUGCAUUUCAAUGCGGUGGAGAGCAAGUUGCAAUUUUUAGUUUUAGACAAGAUUAUAAAACAAUUAACCCUUUAAGGAAUAGUUCACCCCAAAUUAAAAUCAUAUGUCAUCAUUUACUCACCCUCAAGUUGUUCAAAACCUGUUUAAAUUUCUUUGUUCUGUUGAACACAAGGAAAGAUAUUUGAUGAAUGAUAGCAACUGAGAUUUCUGGGGCACCAUUGACUCCCAUAGUAGAAAAGAAUAUUGUUUUUUUUCUGUUGAACACAAAAGAAAAUAUUUUGAAGAAUUUAGGAAAACAAAACUUUGACUAGCAUGUUCAGAACUGGAAAUUGCUAACAUUUUUCCAAAAAACAUUUUUUGUGUUCAGGAGAACAAACACAUUUAUACAGGUUUGGAACAACUUGAGGGUGAGUAAUUGAUGUCAAAACUUUACUUUUUGGGGGUGAAGUAUACCAUUAAGGACACAUCGUGGAAACUGCGAAAUGGGUCGCUGUCUCCGAUCCAGAGAGGGAAUCAGGUCAGCCAUUACAUAAAUCUUAAUUUAAAUACUGCGCUAAUGGAUGUUGUGUCAAGAUGUAUGUUGCAGUACGGUCCAAAUGUAUAUUAUUUAAAUAAAAACAUUUUUUGUAAUGGAUUAUUAUCGAUAUAAAUCAUAGUGGUAUGUCAGGCAUGUGCUUAUUUGAAUUGUCACAUUCUUUUUGUAAUUGGUGUUGAUAAAACAAACUUUUAAUAAAAUGUUGGAUUUCUUCACUAUUUUAAAA